AUGGCCGUGGUUCCCGUACUUUAUGUGAUGCAACCACGUUGCUUGAGCAUUGAAGCUUUUGCCUCAUCCAAGUUGUUUGCCUCUAGUUGCGACAAGUAUGGGCGAACGACUACAAGUGAUUCUACCAAAUUGUAUCUCAGAGAGAAAACAUUUCACCCACAACUCAGUAAACAUACUCGAAGGAUUCCAUAUGAGACUCAUGUCCUCAAAGCAUUGGCCACCUCAGAUGUUUCUGUUGUGAAAACUUCAGACCAUGUCGCAACUUAUAGGUUUAUGAUGGAGACCGGUGGCCAGCUGAAGGUACUUGUCAAAAGAAAGAAAAACAAGAAUGUACUUCAUGUCGAAGUUGAGUCCUUACAGGACUUUGCAGGACAAGGAGAUCUGAUCAUGAUCUGGGGGCUGUUCAGAGCUGAUUCAACAAGUUUUAUGCCAUUAGACUUCAAACGGCCCAAUAAAGAUGACAAAUAUAAUACUAUUGAGACCCCGUUCGCGAAAGAUUCUGGUGGUAAGUUAGCUGUCGAGUUAGAGUUCGAGGAGAGUUUAACGCCUUUCUAUGUCUCAAUCCUGUUGAAGCUCCAUGCAGGUUCUGAUUCAGGAAUAUCAACAAUCAGAACCCAUAGGAAAACAAAUUUCAUUGUCCCUGUAGGUUUUGGCUCUGGCCGGCCUUUUCCAUUGGGCAUUUCUUUUUCAGAUGACGGAUUCAUUAACUUUGCAUUUUUUUCGCGCAGUGCGAGAAGUGUUGUUCUGUGUCUAUAUGCAAACACGGAGGAGGACAAACCCACUUUAGAGAUUGAUCUUGAUCCAUAUGUCAACCGUACAGGUGAUAUUUGGCAUGCUUUGGUAGAUUGUUCCUUUCCCUUUGUGGGCUACGGUUAUCGAUGCAGAAGUGGUACAGAUAAAGAAGGGCCUCGAGUACUAUUGGAUCCAUAUGCUAGGGUUAUUGAUGAAUUCGGGUCGGAUUUGCCUCGAAAUUUUAUAGGAAAACUGUGUAAGGAGCCUGCAUUUGAUUGGAGUGACGACAUUCGUCCUAGCAUAGCAAUGGAAAAACUGAUUAUUUACAGAUUGAAUGUUACACGUUUUACAGUGGAUAAAUCCAGUAAGUUACCUGGUGAAAUUGCUGGAACCUUCUCUGGUAUUUCUGAGAGAUUGGGUCAUUUCAAGAGUCUUGGUGUUAAUGCUGUCUUGUUAGAGCCGAUCUUCCCAUUUGAUGAACUAAAGGGACCCUAUUUCCCUUGGCAUUUCUUUUCUCCAAGAAGCUUAUAUGGAUCUUCAGGCGAUCCCGAUACUGUUUCCAAAUCCAUGAAAGAGAUGGUUAAGAAGCUGCAUGCAAAUGGAAUCGAGGUCUUUCUGGAAGUUGUGCUCACACAUGCUAAUGAGUUUGGACAACUAAAACAAAUCGACAGUUCUUAUUCCAGUAUUAACAUAGGCGAGGACUUGAAUUGUCAAGAAGCUUUGAAUUGCAAUCACCCAGUUGUUCAACAAAUGAUCUUAGAGAGUCUGAGAUACUGGGCAGUCGAGUUUCACAUUGACGGCUUCUGUUUCAUUAAUGCAUCUUCUCUGACUAAGGGUUCCCGUGGCGAGUUUCUUUCCCGCCCUCCUCUGGUGGAAGCUAUUGCCUUUGACCCUUUGCUUUCAAAAGUCAAGAUCAUAGCGGACUCUUGGGACCCACACGACAUGAAUGCAAAAGAAAUGGCUUUCCCCCACUGGAAGAGAUGGGCGGAGAUGAACACGAAAUUUUGUGUGGACGUGAGGAACAUUUUAAGGGGUCAGGGUCCUAUUAGCAAUCUCGCCACUCGACUUUGUGGCAGUGGGGAUAUCUUUUUGAGGGGCCGUGGCCCGUCGUUUUGUCUCAAUUUUAUUACUAGAAAUGUCGGACUUACUCUAGUAGACUUAGUUAGCUUCAGCUCUGGUGGACUCGAGUCCGAGUGCAGUUGGAACUGUGGGGAAGAGGGCCCUACGAACAACACAGCUGUGUUAGAGAGACGGCUUAAACAGAUUCGCAACUAUCUGUUUAUUUUAUUUAUUUCAUUGGGCGUGCCGGUGCUUAAUAUGGGUGACGAAUGUGGCCUAUCCUCCGGGGGUUCCCUUUCAUAUACCGACCGCAAACCUUUGAACUGGAAUGCUUUGAGAUCGGGUUUUGGUGUUCAAAUGAUGCAGUUUAUUUCAUUUCUGAGCUCGUUAAAAGUAAAGAAAUGUGAUUUUUUUCAGAGGAGCAGCUUCAUGAAGGAAGGUAGCAUUGAAUGGCGUGGAGUUGAGGAUUCCACCCCAGAUUGGGAUGACCCGUCAUGCAAAUUUUUGUCAUUGACUUUGAAAGGUGAUGAGGAAACCGGCGAGUCAACACCACCUUAUGUGGGUGGUGACAUAUUUGUUGCUUUUAACAGCGGUGAUCGAUCGGAAAAAGUAGUUCUCCCGCGUCUUGCGGUUGGCAGGAGUUGGGUUCGUCUGGUGGACACAGGACUUCCUUUUCCCGGGUUUUUCAGCGCAGAUGGUUUUCCUAUCGGGGAUGAGCUGGAAACAUAUGAGAUGAAGGCUCAUAGUUGUGUAUUAUUUGAGGUGAGGAGCUUGUAG